AGAAAAUCAUGAAUUUUGGCGUUUUCACUCUUUUUUUGUGGUUUACUGGUAUAAUUUUGAUCGCGUUUGUCUGUAUGGUCUUGUGUUUCAUGGUAUACCUGCAUUAUUUACACCAAUGCUACGCUCAUUUGCCAGGACCACCUCGUUCAAGUUUCAUACUUGGUAACCUUCCUGAAGUGUGGAAAUACAAGAAACUGACAGGCCGGACAUUUAUUGAAUAUGUUGUGGAACAACGAUUCAAGUACGGAUCAAUCUUUAUGCUUACGCUGUUCCACAGAGCUGUGGUAUAUCUGGCUGAUCCAAGCUACGUCCGACAAGUGUUUAUAGACAAUCACAAAUAUCUACAAAAACCAUCUUUUCUUUACAAUAAGAUGGGUUUUAUUUUUGGCGAGAGAGGUAUGGGAUAUGGCUUAGUUACAAAUACUGACGAAGCGUCAUGGCGUAAGAGACGGUACAUAAUGAACCCAGCUUUUCACCGAAAAUGUUUAAAAGAUUUCAUGACAAAUUUUAACAAUGUUUCAGAGAGAUUUUUGAUUCGCAUGGGCAAGGUAGCUGAUAGUGGUGAACAUGUUAGUAUGGUUAAAGAGUUAUCAAAAGUCACACUUGAAGCUAUAAGUCAAGUGUCAUUCAACAUCAAUACCAUGGCAAUUGAAGAUCCUGAUUCACCAUUUCUGUUUGCAAUUUGCAACUACCUCAGAGGAUCCCAAGCAAACUUUGAAAUUCCUGUUCCCUCUUCAGUUUUGGGGCUUUUUCAGUAUAAGUUAUUUCAAAAAGAUUCACAAAGAAUUGAAAUAAAUGCAGCACGAUUUCUUCGAAAGUUUGCCUCUGAUUGUAUUUCUACUCGGCAAAAGGACAUUGCUGAGAAAAAGGAUGUACCAAAUGAUUUGCUGAAUGUUUUGAUUACAAGCGGUAGUUUCACCAGAGAGGAAAUCAUUGAUGAAUUCAUUACAGUCUUCAUUGCAGGCCAAGAAACAACAGCAAACUCACUGGCAUUUGCAUUGUAUGAAAUCUUGACUAACCAUGAUGUUGAAGCAAAGCUUUUAGAUGAAAUUAGAGAAGUACUGGGUGACAGAGAGGAAGUUGAAUUUGAAGAUUUGAAAAAACUCAAAUACACUGGCCAAGUAUUGGAGGAAAAUCUACGAAAACACCCUAUUGCACCAGGUGUACCGACAAGAAUUUUAAGUAAGGAGAUCACAGUUGGAGGUUAUCAUAUACCAAGGGAAAGUGCCAUUUCUUCAAAUACUCUUUUUUUUGCAAUGGAUCCGAAAAUUUGGAAAGACCCAGAAGUUUUUGACCCAGAAAGAUUUGCUGAUCCUGCAAGCAUCCCAAACUUGAGCAUGAUCAAUUUUCCUUUUUCUAUUGGUCCCCGUAAUUGCAUUGGACAAACAUUUGCAAAGUUUGAGUCUAAAGUAAUUUUGGUAAAAUUGCUUCAAAAGUUUCAACUCAAGCUUCUUCCCAAUCAAACUGAUAGAAUGCUUCAAAGAGCGACAGUGACACCUCGGGAUGGUGUGAUGUGUGAAAUACGCAAACGUGCUCUCAGUCAGAUGUGAUAGGAAAUGUGUCUGAUUGUUUUGCAAUGAGUUUCAAAUGAACUAAAAAAUUUAGAACUUAGAAUUCUGAAAACUAAAAGUUAAAGGUAAUGGUUUUUAUAUGAUUUAUCUUGACCAGGGAUUGUUUUUCUCACAGUUGGUGAGAAAUUGUUACGUGGUCAGGAAACAAUCCGGCGUUUUACAAACACCUCUUUGAGCGGAACAUACUCACCAAAAGUGGCUUUGACAUUAUAUCACACAACAACAAAUACAUUUUGAUAUAUUUUAACAUAAAUACAGUGCAUACAUUAAGUUUGAAAUAUUGAACCACAGUGAAAAAUUUCGGCUUAAACGUCUGUAAAAUCAAACUGAUUAAUGCCUCGAGAUGGUGUUAUGUGUGAAGUUCAUAGGCGUGCUUUUGGGUAUGACGUAUGAUGAGAAUUAAUUUACUGAUUAAUGAUUAUGCAUAAAUGAUAUGUUUACUGAUAGUAAUUUAAAGAUGCAUGUAAUAGAUUUAUUUGAUUUAAACUGAGACUGAGGAAGUCUUGCAAAUUUCGCAAGAUUGAGGAACUCCUAGGUUCUUUUUAAAUGUUUGUAGGUAGACUUUGUGCAUGCUUUUUCUUGAUUUAAAAAAUAAAAAUCUAAAAAGAUUUAAAAAUCUUUAUAUACAAAUCU